AUGGCUUCUAGGUCGUCGGCUAGGUUUUAUCUUCUCCUGCGCUUUUCUGGUGGCGGCGGCAGUGUCGGCGCCACCUUCAGCGUUGGUCGUAGGAGUUUCUUGUUCCUCCUUGGGCCCUCUGUGGAAGAUUUCGUCGACGUCAUCUUCUUCGGCGAGCCAGAAGCGAGGUCCGGCUUGCUCAUAAAUGGGUUGGAUUUCUUCUCGGUGCGGACUCUGCUGGGAAUAUUUUGCUUCCUUCAUGCUUUCUCUGGUGUCUAUGUUCGUGGUGAUAGGUGUUUGGCGGUGGCUAUUGGGCGGCUUGAGCACGAUGGUGUUUUAUGUGGUCCACUCAGCACCGACGAUGUUCUUUUGAUGCUUUCUUCAGCAUCGGUGUUCGAAUCUGCCGUGAACUUAUCUGCGCCAGAGGUUCCGGCCUUGAGUAUCAUCCAGAGUUCUUCAUUGCGGGAGAUGGAGAAGGCUUGGCUUGCGGCAAUUGUGGUCGACAGCGGCAAGGAUCGUUGGGUGCUCCUAGCGUGGAUUUCUAUGUAA